AUGCCAGACAAUAAUCUAGAGAUUAUAACUGACAGAGACGAAUCAAUCUCACCCACAGGGUUUUCCACAACUCCCGAAGAUUCAACCAACACCAGUUUCAGUCAGACUAAACAUGAUCUGGGUAAAGAGCUACCCCAUAUCGAUGAAGUUGAUGAAGAUGAAGAAUUAUCCCAACAUGAGAAUAAUAAUAAUAAUGAGGAAGUAGUGGUUUCUCCUGUUACUCCAAAACGUGAUACUCCACAUAAAAAUUUGCUUUCCCAUAGUUGGCACUAUGCAUCAUAUAAUGUUCCUCAUACCCCAAGCAAAAAUGAUAAUUCAUCAACACCAAGUACACCAUUAUUGCAAUCCCAUUCACAACCUGUUUCCAGAAGAGCAAGUAUUGAUGAGAUGCGUCUACCGAGUCAUCAAGAGCGACUGAAUUUUAGUAAUUUCAGAAAAUCAUUCUUGAUCCCAGCAGCAAAAUGGGCAUACCUGCCGAUCUCCAAAAUUAGGCGUGCAACACAAACAGUUAUACCUGAUCCUAAUGAAGAAUACAAUAUUGAAUAUUCUGUUUUUAGAUCAGUCAAAGGGUUGAAGCAAUUAUUGACUCAUAAGGAUAUACUUGUUCAUUUUAGAGAUUUUGUAGAAUCAGAAACCCAUAGACCAUUUCAGUUCCCAGAGAAUCAUGUUAGCGAAUCUGAUUUUAAAGAAUUAUUACAAAGAGUUACACGAAUUAUUGAAGAAGACAAGAUAUAUCCCGAGAGAAUUGCUGCAGGUUCGUCAGGAAGUUAUUUUGUAUUUGAUAUUGAUACGUCAUUACAUAAAGCAGCAAUAUUCAAACCGAAAGAUGAAGAACCAUAUGGACCAUUGCUGCCUAAAUGGACGAAAUGGGCCCAUAGAACGUUUUUCCCUUGUUGUUUUGGUAGAAGUUGUUUGAUUCCUAAUCUAGGUUACAUAAGUGAGGUAGCUGCUUGCGUAUUGGAUAGACAAUUGCAAACCUAUAUUGUUCCUCAUACUGAAAUUGUUGAAUUGAGAUCACCAACAUUUUUUUAUAAUUAUUGGGAUAAAAAUUCUGACGUUACUAAAUUGCAUAAGAAAAAAGGAUCCUUUCAAUUGUUUUUAAAUGGUUAUAUUAAUGCCGAUAUUUGGUUGAAAAUAUAUCCCAUUCCAACAGGUGAUACUUAUCAGUUGAAGAAAUCUUCCAAUUUAGAAGUUUCAUUGGAUAGUGAGAAGUAUACUUUCACUUGGAGUCAAGAAUCGAUGUAUCAAUUUCAAGAGGAAUUGGAAAAGUUGGUGAUUUUGGAUUAUUUGAUGAGAAAUACUGAUCGAGGAUUGGAUAAUUGGAUGAUUAAAGUAGAAUGGAGGCAAGUGCUGAAGAAUUCCAAGACGAAGAUUAUGAAACCUACAAUUAAAAUAGGAGCUAUUGAUUCAGGGUUAGCUUUUCCUUGGAAGCAUCCCGAUGAAUGGAGAUCAUUUCCAUUUGGCUGGUUAUUUUUACCAUUGACAAUUAUUGGUCAGCCUUUUUCUAGAAAAACUCGGAACCAUUUUUUACCAUUAUUGACUUCAAAAUUAUGGUGGGAGGAAACUAUUCCAAUGUUGAAACAAGUAUUUAUGCAAGAUAAUGAUUUCCGUGAAAGAAUGUGGUUAAAACAAUUGGCAGUAUUAAAGGGACAAGCAUUUAAUAUUGUUGAAAUUUUAAAAUUAACCUAUGCAGGUCCUUUGGAAUUGACUAGAAGAGAGAAUUUAUUGGUCAUUGAUGAUAUAAUGUACAUGCCUAAUGGUAAAGGUGAUUACGAUUUUAUGAAAUCUUCCAUGUAUGAGGGUGAUAUCUUUAAGAGAUACAAGGUGAAAGGUGAUGAUGAUCGUGGUGGUGAUGCUGAUACUGAUGCUGAUGAAGAAGAACGUGUUGGAUUUGUAAAUGAUGGUACUCCGCUAUUACAUGGUGAGACUCAUGAACCUUAUGUUGAAACAGUGGAUCGAGUUAAUGAGUCUGGAUAUGAACGAAUGAAUAGAGAGUUUAAUUUUCAAGAUGCUUUUGACGAUGAUGGCGAUGACGUAGAAGGUCAAAGUUCAACUAAAAAGGGGAAACGAGUAGUUAUAGAAAGAUUGAUUAAAGAAACUAGUAAACCACCGGUAUUCACCUGGUGUUAG